UUCGCGCAGCGAUCUGUCACAGCUUUCAGUAGAGUCGCCGCGAUUGCGAGGAAGCAGAAGUACCCAAACAAAGUCGCCGACAUCUAAUCCACCACCGUCGGAUCAGCAGGAUCGUUGGACUACGCCCUGUAUAUUCAUAUCGACCUAUCUGGAAAGGAAAACGCGCACAGCCCAUUAACUAUGGCGAUGACCAAUUGCUUGACCUGGUACGUCCUGAUCGUGCUCAUCGCAUGUUGUGCUAACUGUCUGUCCGAGUCUGGCGACGCCUGGCGGCCGAAAGCGACCGGAAAGCCCGCCCUGAUUCGGACCGAACUGCGAUUCGGACGCGAUCUAGAUCCCUCAAAGGUGCGGGUGGUGAACGUCAAGUCCAGCAAGGGCGACGACGUGGAGAUCCUAGUCGGCAAAAACAGCCGCAAGGCCCGUGCCGAGGAGGCGGCUGGUUCCUUCUUUGUGCGCAGCUCAGAUGUCAAGCGGCCUCUCAUUCCGCCCAAGAGCAACGCCAGCGGUCGCCAGCUGAUCUUUGAGCACAGCCCGGCGUUGCUAAAGCAGAGCGAACUGGGCCAGCAGAUGGAAUCUUACCGGCAGCGCAAAGCGGAUGCUGAGCAACGUCAGGCGAAGCUCAUCCAGCUGCAGCUGUCUAAGGCUCAGAGUAAGGUGGCAGAGUAUCAGGCGGUGCAGGGCGGCUCCCGCCGGGGCCGGCAGCUCGUUUCGGAAGUGUCCUGGCAGCCGACAUACACUCAGUUUACGCAGCACAGCCCUCGGAAGAACUUUUCGUUUUCGCCGGAUUCUCAGUGGCAGUUCGGGGAUACUUUGCCAGGGGUGCCGGGCCUGGCUUCCGGAUCUGCAGUUAGCUUCCCGAGCGACAUGGAGUACGCAGCCAGCGACGCCCACGAGUACUUCACGAGCGACAGAGGGACACGCGCCUAUGCCAGCAGUGGCACUCAGAAUUACCGGCCACAGAAUAUAAUCACCAAGCACAACUACAAGGCUCUGCCGCAACAGUCCAAGUACGUGACCUACAUGCCUCACUCCGUGGUUGUGGCGGCCAGCACGGCCGUACAGACGCCCUCAGUCGCAGACCAUCGGCAGUCAGUCCCGUUUGGCGGGUACGGAAGACCCCAGCGCAACCCCAUUGGUCAGAGCACGCACAGCGUCGUCGAUGGACCGGCCGUGACGGUAAUCGAAGGCGUUCGCGUGCCGGAUACCGCUGAGGACAAAGUGAAGACCUGGCGCAACGCACGCGUCUUAAACAAUCAGCUGGUGCCAUAUCCCGAGGGCUACAGGCCUCCUCGCGUGCAAAUGCCCAGCUUCGAUAGAUAGAUGCGG